GCCGCGUUUCUAGUCACAGUUGGAUUACUUUGGACACUUGGUGAGUCUCCGCUGUAAACACUGAGUCGUUUUUUCCCUUUUUUUUCUUCUUCUUUUUUCUGGUUUCGCUGGGCUGCGGUGGACGGACGGAGUGGGUUUUUCGCCGCGUCCCCCCUGCGGGUGGAUUCUGAGAGAAAUGAGUGAGAGGAGGCGAUCUGCCGCAGCUCUGAGCUCGAGAGCCCACGCUUUUUCCGUGGAAGCCCUGAUCGGCUCCAACAAGAAGAGGAAGCUGCGGGACUGGGAGGAGAAGGAGCUGGAGUUGUCCAUGGAGAGCCUCGCCACGGACGGAGAGGACCCGGCGCACUGUCUGGAUAUGGACCCGGACUCAGAGGCGAGUCCCGGCUCGGACGGAGAGGGUCUCGCCGAGAGGACGUCGUGUUCUUUCGGCUCACCUGCCGACCUGGCCCCCGGCCCCUGUGACCCGUCUCCGCCGGCCUCCAUGGAGGAGAUCCAGGUGGAGCUGCAGUGCGCGGACCUGUGGAAGCGCUUCCACGACAUCGGCACUGAGAUGAUCAUCACCAAGGCGGGCAGGAGGAUGUUUCCUGCCAUGCGAGUAAAGAUCGCAGGUCUGGACCCUCACCAGCAGUAUUACAUCGCCAUGGACAUCGUCCCCGUGGACAACAAGAGAUACAGGUACGUCUAUCACAGCUCCAAGUGGAUGGUGGCUGGAAACGCCGACUCCCCGGUGCCCCCGCGGGUCUACAUCCACCCCGACUCGCUGGCCUCAGGAGACACCUGGAUGAGGCAGGUGGUCAGCUUCGACAAGCUCAAGCUCACCAACAACGAGCUGGACGACCAGGGACACAUCAUCCUGCACUCGAUGCACAAGUACCAGCCCCGGGUCCACGUCAUCCGGAAGGACUUCAGCAGCGAGCUGUCUCCGAACAAGCCGGUGCCGAGCGGCGAGGGGGUCAAGACCUUCAGCUUCCCCGAGACCGUCUUCACCACCGUCACCGCCUACCAGAACCAGCAGAUCACCAGACUAAAGAUCGACCGCAACCCCUUCGCCAAAGGAUUCCGGGAUUCAGGCAGAAACAGGACCGGCCUGGAGGCCAUCAUGGAGACCUACGCGUUCUGGAGACCUCCGGUCAGAACCCUCACGUUCGAGGACUUCACCAACAUGCAGAAGCAGCAGGGCGGCAGCACCGGCACCUCCCCCACCACCUCCAGCACAGGAACUCCUUCUCCUUCGGGCGCCGCCCACCUCCUGUCGCCCUCCUGCUCCCCUCCGACCUUCCACCUGGCCCCCAACACCUUCAACGUGGGCUGCAGAGAGAGUCAGCUCUGCAACCUGGGCCUGUCCGAGUACCCGGCCUGCGCCCGCAGCAACAUGGCGGCCCUGCAGGGCUACGGCGGGCUGGCCGACGGCUCCUACGGCCGCCUGCAGGCGGCGGGGGGCGGCGUGGCGUCCGCCCAGCCGUCCGAGUCCUUCCUGCCGCAGAGGACUUCCUCCCUGAUCGCCGCCGGCAUGCAGGGCGGCAGUCACGCCUCGCUGAGCGGUGGUGGAAGCGGCGGCAGCACCGGGGGCAAGAUGGAGGCGUACGGAGGCCAGCUGGGCUCCUUCCCGGCCUCCCAGCUGCAGUACGUGAUGCAGGCCGGCGGCGGCUCCGGCUCCGCCUCGUCCUCCUCGUCCGGAUCCUCCCCGUCCUCCGCCCACAUGUUCAGCGGGAGCCACCACCACGUGCAGCAGGGCUCCUACAACGCCUUCUCCCUGCACAACCCCUACAACCUGUACGGAUACAACUUCCCCACCUCCCCCCGCCUGGCCGCCAGCCCCGAGAAGCCCCAGGGCGGCCUGCUCUGCUCCUCCGCCCCCGCCGGGGCCUUCGCCGAGCGCCAGUACCUGUCCAACGGCAGCAUGGACACGAUGCACAUGAUCGGCAACGCCAGCGGCGGCCAGCAGGGCGGCGGCUCCUGCGACGGACGUCAGUACGGCUCCUCCUCUCAGAUGUCCAUGCACAUGGUGUAGGAGGCUGGAGGCGGCGUGCUGACGGAGGAUCAUCUCAAGUUCUUCUCUUUACAGACACUCCACCACUCACAGCAUUAUAGAGGGAGUCCAAACUACUAUUUAUCUUUGUAUCAAUAAAGCCAACGAGUCGGGACAGCAGCCGGCGGUUCAGGACGAUUUGUGAAUAUGUUACGGUGCAAUAGCAGCAAAACAAGCCUCGCUGAAGGGACUCAAAGGACCUCCUGCCAUCCAGAGAGUCUUCACUGUGAUCCAGAAGUCGUUUUUGUUCAACUUCACGCAGCACUCGAGCCACGUAGACACGCCGACGGCUUCGUGGUUCAAGACGGAAACAAGAAGGACUCGCUGCUCCGCGGACGGACGGCCGCUUCUCUGGACGCAGUGUUCUGGGUUUUUAACCGAGGAUCCGACCUCAUGACUUCCUUCUCCCAUAGACUGGAAUGGCUUCACUAUGUCUGAGUGGAUUCAUGUUUUAAGCAUAUACAUACAUAUACAUAUAUGUGUUGAUUUAUGCAUAUAUAUGUAUAUGUAUAAAUAUAAAGGAUGGCGAAUGCAAUCAAUAACGUAAGCUUAAGAAGUUGUUGUGUGAAACGUUGUAGUAGCGACCCAGAGUCCGGUAUGAUGUGGUGUGUAUUUAAGUGCUGAGCAGUAUAGCAGCUUUACAGGCCGAUGUGUUAGAAAACCAACGUGUGACUAAAAAGGGAAAUAGCAAAGUAAAUCUUUUUUUUCUUUUUUUGAGGCAUUUUGAAAAAAUGUAAAUACAGGUGCCAAGCACAUAAAAACUCAAUAAAGGUUUUAAUUCAUGUA